CAGCAGCCGCCUCACGGCGGGGGCACAGGAGGAGGCGGCGGUGCGGGCGGCCAGGCCAUGGACCCCGCGGCGGCGGGCCCCACCAAGGCCAAGAAGACUAACGCCGGCGUGCGGCGGCCGGAGAAGCCGCCCUACUCGUACAUCGCACUCAUCGUCAUGGCCAUCCAGAGCUCGCCCAGCAAGCGCCUGACGCUCAGCGAGAUCUACCAGUUCCUGCAGGCGCGCUUCCCCUUCUUCCGUGGCGCCUACCAAGGCUGGAAGAACUCCGUGCGCCACAACCUGUCGCUCAACGAGUGCUUCAUCAAGCUGCCCAAGGGCCUCGGGCGGCCCGGCAAGGGCCACUACUGGACCAUCGACCCGGCCAGCGAGUUCAUGUUCGAGGAGGGUUCGUUCCGCCGGCGGCCGCGCGGCUUCCGAAGGAAAUGCCAGGCGCUCAAGCCAGUGUACAGUAUGGUGAACGGGCUGGGUUUCAACCACCUCCCCGAUACCUACGGCUUCCAGGGCUCCGGAGGCCUCUCAUGCGCGCCCAACAGCCUGGCAUUGGAGGGCGGCUUGGGCAUGAUGAAUGGCCACUUGGCGGGCAACGUGGACGGCAUGGCUUUGCCCAGCCACUCGGUGCCACACCUGCCCUCAAACGGCGGCCACUCGUACAUGGGCGGCUGCGGUGGUUCUGCGGCCGGAGAAUACCCGCACCACGACAGCUCGGUGCCUGCUUCCCCGCUGCUGCCGGCCGGUGCUGGCGGGGUCAUGGAGCCGCACGCCGUCUACUCCAGCUCCGCAGCAGCCUGGCCGCCCUCGGCCUCCGCAGCUCUCAACAGCGGGGCCUCCUACAUCAAGCAACAGCCUCUGUCCCCUUGUAACCCAGCGGCCAACCCCCUGUCUGGCAGCCUCUCCACGCACUCCCUGGACCAGCCGUACCUACACCAAAACAGUCACAACGGGCCAGCGGAACUGCAAGGCAUCCCUCGGUAUCACUCACAGUCACCCAGCAUGUGUGACAGAAAGGAGUUUGUCUUCUCUUUCAACGCCAUGGCGUCUUCCUCUAUGCACUCGACUGGCGGAGGAUCCUAUUACCAUCAGCAGGUCACCUACCAAGAUAUCAAACCGUGUGUGAUGUGAAGCCGCAGAGGCCGCGGGCCCUCCAGCCCAGCCUGGCCGGCCCAGGGACCAGGAGCCCACCCCCACAAACUGCUUUACUCUGGAGGUAUAACCGUCAGCAAGGGAAAAGGACCCGUCCCCUUCCCUAAUGGAUUAUUUGGAAAGAAACCCCAACACAAACCUGGCACUGUGGUCGGAGAUGCCACCCCAGCUCCCUCACUAAUUCCUAAAAAAACAGUGGCCUUAGGACACCAGAUCGGACUGCAGCUGACAGUAAAAUUGAUACUUGUUUUCAACCCCAUUGAAAGCAGCCACUAAGGUGCUGUGUGUGUGUGUGUGUGUGUGUGUGUGUGUGUGUGUGUGGUGGGGGGAAGCCAGCUACAAGGAAAGAAUUCUGCCGAGGUCUCUCCACUCCUCCCACACCAAGGGACAGUUUUUAGAAGCAGGAACACGUGAGACCAGUCAUUAUCAAAUACUUUUAUUUUUGAUUGAGUAUUUAUCUUUUAAUUUUUAACUUUUUGAAAGAAUGUCUUGAAAUGCACAAUUUCUCCCCCCCCCCCUUCAGCCAUCUUUUUUUCCCCCUUCUGGGGAGGAGGAAAGGAUCAGGCGAGCAUCUCCCUCUCCCGACCUGGGGUCUCCUCCAGCAAUCACAGGUGGAUCUUCGUGGAUAUGACACGGAUACCUGGAGCCUCUGUUUGUCUUUUAAAAAAGAAAACCAGCCGAGGAGCUGCCCCAGCCUCUGUCCCCUUCCAUUUUCUCCUUCCUCCAGCGUCUGUCUUUCACUUUGUUUUGGAGUUGCGUUGUGACUUCUUCUGUAGGUGUUUUUUUCUGUCUUCCAGUCUCUACUGUAACUCGGAAAGGAAACGAACACGGGAAGCUGCAGGGAUACGGAGGCUCGAUCAGGUGGUGUAGUUCAGGCUCCCUGACACCGGAGACAGGCUCAGCCUGUUAUUUAUUCUGCUUUCUUUUCCUAAUCAAAACACCACGUAGCUCUGCCCUCCCGAUAUUAAUGGUGUGACUUGGUUGGCAAUAUUUGCCGUGUAGAGUUGUUUUUUUUAUUCGAUACCCAUUGUAAAUUUGAAACAAAGACCAAUCCGUGUAAAAACAAAAUCCCAUAUGUUUUAUAUAAAUAUAUAUAAAAUGAAGGACUGUCCCCCUUUUUAGUAUUUCGGCUGCAGAGGUGCGCCGUCUGUGACACAUAUUUUAAACCCCCUUCUGCACUGUAUAAAAGGAUAAUCCGAGGGUAUGCUUUUUGUGUAUUUUUCCUACAAAAAGAACAAAAAUAAAAAUGUAUAACAUUUGUACAUGGCCUCUAAAACUCUUGUCGCUAGAAAUAAACUCGCAUGGCUACUUUGUUGGGGGUAAUAGACAUUGCCUGUCCCUGGAGCUUCGGCUCUCUGGAUGGAGCAAAACUCUAAAUCUAAGUGAAUCUCACCCCGACCCUAUCUUCCCCCUCUCUUUCACUCUUCAUUUCACGCUGUAGUAAAAUCUGGGUAGGGGUAACUUUUUUUUUUCCUGCCUCUAGUUUUUGAGGAUGAGCUUUCUGUCCCCCUAAAUGUCAUUUCUUGGUUUGAAGAAAUAAUCAAACAUUUACAUUUAAAGAAAAUCUGUAGUAUUUUCAUCCCUGGGGGAAAGUCGGUGUGUGCAGAAGCACACGGUUUUUGUAUGUAUUUCUGUCUAUUUUUUUCCUUCUACCCUGAACCCAGUGUGCCGUUUACUCCAGGCAUGAGCCUUGCUUGACCUGUCUUACAUUCUGUUUUAGAUAAUGAAGCAACUUCAAAGUUUUGUUUGUUUAUUUUGUCUGUUUUUCAAUUGCCUGAUGAUCUUCCCCGCUGAACUCCUAUAAAACCCAGCCAGGAAGGUUCCAUCCGUGAGUGCCCCGGACUGCAUCCAUGUUUCUGCCACUAACAUAUUUCCCUUCUAAAUCGUAUUUUAACCCCCUCUUCUGGAGAGGACGAACAGCUAAACUCUGCGCUCCCCUGACCACCAUCUCCAUCACCAACCGCCCACCUAGGAAAACAAACACAAUAAGCCGCAUUGUUGGUGCCGCGAUCCUGACCCACCGCAGUGUCUGUGCACCGUGGGGUCGCGCCUCAGAACCUGCUUCUUCUCAGACUUGACAUUCUGAA